CCAUCCCAUCCCUCGCGCAAAUAUCAGCCUGGGCUGUAGCCAUGGCGUCCGAGCGGCUGCCAAGCAGGCCUGCCUGUCUCCUGGUGGCCAGCGGCGCUUCCGAAGGUGUGUCAGCUCAGUCUUUUGUCCACUGUUUCACAUUGGCCAGUGCUGCCUUCAACCUACAGGUGGCCACCCCAGGGGGAAAGGCCAUGGACUUUGUGGAUGUGACUGAGAACAAUGCACGUUGGGUACAAGACUUCCGCCUCAAGGCAUAUGCCAGUCCUGCUAAGCUUGAGUCCAUAGACGGUGCCCGGUACCAUGCCCUCCUGAUUCCCAGCUGUCCUGGCGCCCUGGCUGACCUUGCCAGCAGUGGGUCCCUGGCUCGAAUACUGCAACACUUCCGCUCUGAGAGCAAACCCAUCUGUGCCAUUGGCCAUGGUGUUGCUGCCCUGUGCUGUGCUACCAAUGAAGAUAGGUCCUGGGUGUUCCAGGGCUACAGUCUGACAGGGCCUUCUGUGUACGAGCUCAUCAGAGCACCUGGCUUUGCCCGCCUACCAUUGAUCGUAGAGGACUUUGUGAAGGACUCUGGUGCUGGCUUCAGUGCCAGCGAACCUGAUGCUGUGCAUGUGGUGCUGGACCGCCAUCUGGUUACUGGCCAGAAUGCUAACUCCACCGUGCCUGCUGUCCAGAACCUGCUCUUCCUCUGUGGCAGCAGGAAGUAAGCUGGAUGCUGUCCUGGUGGCCUAGAGACAAGGACUGAACUCACUGGCCUCUUCUACUGAUCCUUACUCAGUGGCACACUCAAGCCUACUUCUGUCGGGACCUUGAGGAACGUGGAGGCCUCCAGGAAUUACUUCAUCCUUGUGGAGUGUCAGCUCUGACGCACUAAGCACUCCUUCCCCCUCCUGCUCACAGAGCUCGGCUGGCCAGGCCUCUCCGAGAACUGCAUGCACAUUGACCAUUCCAAGAAGAAUUGUCCACAGGAUGUAGCCAGCUGUGGGGUCUUAGGAUGCGGUGGUCCUCUUCUGUGGCCUUCCGCCUGUUUCUAUCCCCUCAGCUGGUCACGGGACCCAUGUGGACGGGCCACAGGCGGGAGCUUGCUCUGAACUCUCAUCUUUCCUUUUUUUUUAAACGUGUUUAUUUUUAUAUUUCCUGUGCAAUGGUGUUUUGCUUGGACAUAUGGCUGUCCUGGAACUACAGAUACAGAGAGUUGUGAGCUGCCAUUGUAGUUGCUGGGAAUUGAACGAAGAAGGUCUUCUGGAAGAGCAGGCAGUGCACUUAACCACUGAGCCAUCUUUCCAGCCUAUUCCCUCCUCCCUUCUUUUGGAGACAGGGUUUCUCUGUAGCUUUGCCUGUCCUAAAACUCACUCUGAAGACCAGGCUGGCCUGGAACUUGGAGAUCCACCUGCCUCUGCCUCCUGUAGGCUGUGAUUAAAGGCGUGUGCCACCACCUGGCUAUGAGCUCAUCUUUUUAUUUUUAUUUUUUUGGUUUUUUGGAUUUGUUUUUUUUUUUUUUUUUUUUUUGGUUUUUCGAGACAGGGUUUCUCUGUGUAGCCCUGGCUGUCCUGGAACUCUGUAGACCAGGCUGGCCUCAAACUCAGAAAUCCACCUGCCUCUGCCUCCCAGAGUGCUGGGAUUACAGGCAUGCGCCACCACCGCCUUGCGAGCUCAUCUUUUUAAAGGUGAACAGUAUAUGUUAUCCUAUCCCUAAAGAGGCAGAAUUCUUGCUGAAGAAGUUUGCCCUCAUUCAACUAUCACUGACCUGUGAUUUUGAAUGUAAUAGGUAUCAGCACAGCCUGGUAUAGUCCUGGGUCCUUGAAAUAGACACAGUGAUGUCACCCUGUUCCAUAUGGCAUGGAAAAAACAUUAGUGAGAUCCUUAAACUGCUGUUACCUCACAGUCUGUCCAAUGGCCUCUGGCUUACAGAAGCCUGGGCCCAAGUAUUUCAUCUACUCCUAGAAGAAAUGGCCACAGAUGGGCAGGGUAGCCAUGAGUCCUGUCUCCCAGACCCUGGACAGGCUUUUGCCGAGGAGCUGAUAUGGCCAUGUGGCCAUCUCCCUGCUGGGCUUGGUUGUUUGCUGUCAGUCAUGGAGCACUUGGCCUGGCCUGUAGCCUCGGUGAACGCCUUCUAGCCCCGGGAUAGACCCAGGUAACCUGAACCUCCCAACUUCCAUCCCCACUCACCUUUGCAUAUCCCAAGCUCCAGAGACUGGAGGAAUACCUCUGGGUGGUUAAUAACUUUGUUUGCUUUUUUUUUUUUUUUUUU